UAUCUAAUUGAUAUUUCAGCAGAACUUGAGCCAACCUAACGUUCUUUCCCGCGCAAGUCGGAAAACCGCUGUCUUGCCUCCCGAUGCCGGAAUUAGCUAAACUGUCGAUGUAGUGUGCAGCCCGCAGAUGCGAUACGUAGGUAGCUAUAGGCCCAGGUUGGGAGCGGGCUCGAAAACCCAGCACACGUUCGCGCUGGAGUCGCUCUUGACAGCGCCCGGGACUGGUGCCUACGGCGACAACGACGAUGCCGACGACGUGGAGGACGCUGGCGAGCGAAGCCCUGGGGCGAUCGGGUUGCUUGCCAGCCCCGGCACCCGGCGCAAGCAGGCCCGGCCUCACCGAAACGUUGUUCCCGCCGCUGCGCUGCCUGUGGGUGGGGCUGCUGCCGCCGCGAAGCCGCGACUCGGCCGUCUGUCCCGCACCAGACUGACAGCAACAGCCGAAGCCGCAGCCGCGAACCCCGUCGCCCGACGCGACGAUGAGUCGGGCACCUCAGGUGAGCUGGCGGACGAGGAUUACGAGGAGGACGCGGAAAAGCUGAGUACCCGUAGCCCAGACCCCGACGACGAUGGUGGAGACGGCGACGGCUGCGGCGCCCGCGGGGGACACAGCCGUGCCGCCGCCGGCACGGAGGCUGCGCGCACCGGCGCAGGCGCAGGCACGGGUGCGAGACGGCGCACGGCAGCUGGUGGCGCGGCGCGGACCCAAUCUGAGAGCGACCAUGAUGACCAGGAGGAGCUGGAGGACGAACCAGGAGAGCAGGACGAAGCGCAGGACGAAGAGCUGGACCAUGAACCAGCAGAGCAGGACGAAGAGCUGGACGAAGGGCACCAGCACCACAGGGGGCUACAGCAACAGCAGCGGCGGCGACAGGAAGGCGAGGGCACCGAGGCACACAUGGCUGAGGAUGAUGAUGAUGAGGAGGAGGAGGAGGAGGAGGAGGAGGAGGCGGAGGAGGAGGAGGACUUGUGGGCGGACGUGCCGCCGGCGCGGCUGCUGGGCGUCAAGGCGGUGCUGGAGGGACCGCACGCGGGCAAGUACGCGGCACGGUUGAAGGUGUCUGCGCCGGGCCGGGCCGCGCUGGCCUCCCGCCUCAAGGUGGCCCGCUACUACGCCACUGCCGGCGAGGCGGCCCGGCAGCGCGACCUGGCGCACCUGGUGCUGCACCGCGUGGGCAGCGGCGGCACACACACCAAUUACCCGCCCAGUGCCUACUGCCGAGACGACAUGCUGCGCAUGGCACGACAUCUGGCGGCGCGGCGAGUGGUGCCCAUGGACAGCGCCCAGCUGCUGCAGCAGGCGGCGGCCAACGUGGCACACCGCGGCGUGGGGUCGCGCGGAGCCGGGGGGCUGAGCGCCCAGGGCCAGGACCAGGGCCAGGGCCAGGACCCGACAUGCAGCGGUGUCGCGGCCGCGGCCGGCGACGGGCAGGGAGCGGGCGGGCGGGUCACGUCGGGAACUGCCACUCCGGCAUCCCCGACCACCGAAAGUGGCAGAGCGGCAGCGGCAGCGGCACCGGCAGCGUCAGGUGGGGAUGUGCGCAGAGGGGGAGGCGCUGCCGCUAGCGCUGCCGCCGCGGCUGCCGCCACAGCCCCUGCUCGCCGGCUGUCGGAUGCCCAGGUCCGCGCAGCCAGCCUGGCAGCCAACCGUGCCGCCGAGGCCAGCAGGUCGGCUGCCGCCGCCGCCACCGCCUCCGGCGCCGGCGCCGGCGCCGGCGCCGCUAGGACCGACCCAACCCCGCCCUCAGGGCCGCGGCCGUGGCCGGGCCUGGAGCCUCCGGACGUGGCGCGGCUGCAGGAGCUGCCGCGGCGGCUGCGCGUGGUGUCUGCGACGUUCCUGCACGGCCUCAGCAGCCGCAGCGAGGGCAUGGUGGUGUUCAACGUGCCAGGGUACUCAAUGGCGCCGCCGCCUGCGGCGCAGGCAGCGGCUGCGGCGGGAGCUCGGGGCGCCGGCGCAGCCAAGCGUGCAGCGCGCGGACGAGGAGGGAGAGGCGGCGUCGGCAGGGGGACGCGUCGCGGCGCCGGCGCUGGCCGGGGCGGGGGUGCGGGCCAGGGAGCGGUCUCGGCGGAGCCGCUGCCGCUCAUGUGGUUGUCCGACCUGUUGCCGCAGCUGGAGCCGUUUGUGCCGCCGCGGCGGGGGGAGGCGGCGGCGGCGGCGGCGGCGGCGGUGGCGGCGGCGGCGGCGGCUAACGCCAGUGGCGCCGCCGGCGCCGGCAGCAGCCGCAAGCGACGGCGGGUGCAGGAGCAGGCGCCUCCGCAGCCGCCGAUGUCGCCGGCUGCAGGUGCAGGGGCCUCGCCAAUGUCGGGCCGCGUCUGUGCCAUCAAGCACCCGUGUGAGGGCGUCUUCCACCGCGGCGGCGACCGGCGCGGCGCUGCCGCCGCGGUCUUGCCGGGGCCGGGGGUUGGGGCGAGUGGCGGCGCGGAAGCGGCGCGCAAGCGCGGCAGGCGUGAUGCGGAGGCACGUAGGGAGGAUGAUGGGUGCAGUGCCGAUGCUGAGGAUGCUGCUCAGGCGGUGUUUGCAUCGCGAGCGGGGCGCAGUGACCAGCUCACGGGUGAAGACAGGGGUGGGGAGGCCGCUGCGGUCAAGCAGCGGCGGCGAAAGCGGCGGCUGUUGUUCGCGGGCGGUGAAGCAGGCGACGCAGGGGCGGGGGCAGCGGCGGCGCCAGCGGCCGUGGCGGCGGCGCCCUCGGCGGCUCCGGCAGCCGCGCGGCGGCACUGCCAACAGCAGCUGGUGCAGCGGGAACAACAGCAGGCGCACAUGCAGGUUGGGCAGCCCUGCCUGAAGCUGCUGGCGAAGGCAAAUCGAAGGCCGGUGCCGCCGGCCCUUGCCGCAACGGCGGAGCCGGCAGCUACUCCAUUGCCGCCGCGGCCGCGCCCUCGGCCGCGGCUAGAGGGCUCAUCAGGGCGGCUGCUUCGUGUGGUCAUUGAGCCCUGUGACCGGGUGCGCCUGCGGCUGCUGGCACAGCCCGCCGCCACUGUCGCGUGUGCUGCAGCCGCAGCAGCCGCGACCUCCGCAGCGGCCGAGGGUGCUGGAUAUGCUGCUGGUGCUGCGGCGCCACUGCCCCGGCCUGAGAUGGAGGGUGCUGCGGGGCAAGGGGCGGCAGCGGUGGGCGCACAGGCGGGCAGUGGCUGCAGCAGCAGCGGCAGCAGCAGUAGCAGAAGCAGCGGCGGCGGCGGCAAUGGCGGUGGUGGAAGCGGCAGCGGUGACGCUGCGGGCGGCUGCUUCGUGAGCCUGCUGCUCACCUAUGGACCGGGCGUGUGGCUGCGGGUGCGGCCCGUCGACUGCGCCGCCGCCAAACUGCUUCCGUCCGCAGCUGCCGCCCGCACCUCCGCGGUCAUGGCUAUGGUCCCUGGCUCCGCGGAGCGGCUGCGGCAGGCGGUGGCGGCUGCGGCCGUCGCCGCUGCGUCAAGCCCACGCGGUAUCGGCAGUUGCGGAGUCGACGGCGCAACUGGCGGGGGUUGUGUGCGGCUGCAGCUGGGUCCGGGGCCGUGCGGCAGUGACAACCAUGAUGCGCACAUGGCGGGUGCUGACGGCGGCGACGGCGGACAGCUGAGCCCCAGUCUCGGCGGCAGCCUACACGGCACCGCCGCAGACGGUGCCGGCGGAAGCCCUGCCUCUAAGGGGCUCGGGGGCCGCGGCGGCGGGGUGCGGGGCCAGCCGGGUACGGCAAUAGCAGCAGCAACGACGGGUAGGGCGGAGCCCGAUCGUGCUGCGGCGGCAGCAGCAGGGGCCGCCAACGGCGGUGGCAGCGGUGGUGGCGGCGACGGCGGCGGCAGCGGCCAGGCCGCCCGCCAGGCGGCGGCUGAGGAGGUGCUGUGGCGGCUGCAUGCGGCAGACCCGGGGAUCUUUUUCAAGGCCGUCAAGGCAGUGGCGACUGAGGCGUCGAAGAGGGCGCAUGCAUUGGCGCGGCUAGCGGCGGAGGCGGAGGCGGCCGCAGGGGCGCUGUGUCUCGAGUGACCCAGCGACCGCAGUGGUGGGUGCGGGCGAGUGGCUGUGGGUGGUGUGCUGUAGGGGGGCCGUGAGCAGGCAGGGCGCCCCCAGGGCAGUGACCUGUCAUGUCCUUUGUCAAGGAGACAUGGGUCAAUUGUAUGUGUGUGUGUGUGUGUGUUGUGUGUGUGCGUGUGUGUGUGUGGCGUGUGUGGCGUGUGUGUGUGUGUGUGCGUGUGCGUGUUGUGUGUUGUGUGUGUGUGUGUGGGGGGGGGUGUGGGUGUGGGUGUGUGGGUGUGUGCGUUGUGCGGGUGAAUGUGGCUGUGGGUGGUGUGCAGGGAAGACGCACCUUCGAAUGGCUCCAUGGUACCAUGAACACAGGAUGGCUGGGUCCGUGUGCACAGCUUGUUGCGUGCGGUCAGUCGGAAGCUCGAGCAAAGGGCAAGACGAAAUGAUACCCUGUACAUACGGUAGCAGUGAUCAGUAGUCAGGCGUAAAAGUGUUACAGUAUCUACAGCUGGUAGUUGCGGGCUUGCGGCUCAUUCAGAAUUUGAUGUUGUACACUCCUGCGUAAGCACGCUGUCAUCUUGGGUUUGGGGCUGCUGCUGCAGACCCUCGGUAGCAGUCUAGGAUGCGUGGUGGGCGUGGGCGGUGGUCGAUGGACAAGGAAGGGCGACAUCGGAGUCCCGUUUCCGCGAAUGUGGAGUGUGGGAGGAAGUGAGGAACUCACGCAGAGCAGCAGUGUAGGGUGUGUGUGUGCGUGCGGCUGCGUGUCGCGUGUAUUCGUACUCGUUCCCACGUACCAGUUCGUGUACGGCAUGACGACGUGCAGGCAAGAGCGUCUACCAGCUACAGCACUUGCGCCAUGCCUGUAAGCUGUUGAGGUGUGGCGGUGUGCAUUCCAUCGUGAGUCGCAAGUCGGCACUCAUCAUCGGCUCCCAUUGAGCUGAGGAGUCGGGUCGUCUGUCGACGACGUCGACCAUGUGAGACCCACCCGCACCGCAACGUA